AUGCAACUCUAUUUCAUCUUGUCAUCUGCUUAUUUAUUUCCAAAAUUGUGCACAUAUCAGGUUAUAGUAGUGCGAUUUAAUAUGCAGAACAACCCCCAGGAGCUUUCAUGGCAGGCGAUUCAGGCUAUAGUGGGGGUUAAGCUCCCACCUAAUGUGUUGCGUUUCGAUGAUAUCGGGUUCCAUUUAGUCAACAACUCGGUCUCAAGUGCCGAAGAUUGGGAUUCAGACGUAGAAAUAGUGGAAAAUGGCUGGGAAUCAGACAAUAACGUAUCCUCUAAACCCGAAAACUCUGACAAUGAGAAAACGUCACCGGACAGAGAACAGAGCGCGUCGCCUGUAUUAAGUCUCGUAGAACCCGACAAUAACAACUCAGGUAAAGGCCUACUGCAUUAUACGGAUUUUUUAGUGAAAAUGGAUACCAAAGACAUUACUGAUAAUGAAAUGACCGAAAACGAUCCAGUGUCCCAGAGUAACGAUGACGCGGACAGCUCGAAUGGAAACGUAAUGUCCAUUGAGAAUUAUUUAGAGGUCACUCUGUCAACGGACUCUGAGGCUAGUCAUGUAUGUAGCCAAUGCAACCAAAUGUUUCCCAGUGAACAACAACUGUCUUCCCAUCAGUGUAGUGUGAAGCAAAUCGAAGAAAAGAAGUAUCCUUGUCAUGUUUGUGCCGAGAAGUUCACGAGUUACUGGGAACUGAGAAAGCACAUGAACAACCACUUCCCCGGAAUGCUCGACUCCAAGUCGAGCUUCUGUCAUCUGUGCCAAAAAGAUUACACUAAAACAGGGUUUAUGAAUCAUUUGAGAAAGCACACAGGUGAACGACCAUUUGUAUGCGAGCUCUGCCACAAGGCCUUCUCCCAGUCCAGUUCUUUAUCGAUACACAUGAAGUUUCAUCUGAACGUCCGCAAGCACGCGUGCACGGUUUGUGAGAAAAAGUUUGUGACAAAGAGUGAACUGUCCCGUCACAUGACGGUGCAUACAAAACAGAAGUCCUACUACUGUGGUGUGUGCGACAAGGCCUUCACUCGCUCCGACAACAUGAAGAAACACGAAAAAACCCACGGAUGA